ACUAGUGAUUAGUGAAGGUUAGCAUGGGUUUUCCGUUCGCUUCUCUGGCGUUUUUCUCCGUCUGUCGAGCAGCCAAUCAGGCUGGGGAAAUGGACAGGCUUGGCAUUCCUGGCCCCCCGCAUCCAUGUUAGAGUUUAAAAAAAGCGCAGGCCGGACGGGAUGGAUGGAUGCCCUACUGACCCUGUCGCUCCUCUUUUGCUGCAUCCUCUUCCUCUUUCUCUUCCUGCUCCUCAUUCCCGGUCGGUUUGGGGAUCUCAUCUUCUCUCGGGGCAAUGCUCCUGCUCAUUUUAUCCGUGAGGUCAUGACGCACCGGACGUCGAGGCUGGUAUGUGCGGCGCAGUGGAAGCACGGCGAGGCUUGGCCCCGUCACGCCUUAGUUGUCCCGGUUAAUUGCGAGGAUUUUCUUGCGAUGCAUCCAUCACAAAGUUUGCCUAGUUUGGAUGCCCUCUUGACGGGGUCCACUUCCAUGCCUCCAAUCGCUCCCGACCGAUGGAGCUGUGACUCGCAAGAAUUAUUAUUAUUAUUAUUAUUAUUAUAAUAAUACUACAUAAUAAUUACAAUAAUAAUAUUUAUUAUUAUGAUCAUACCAACGGAAUCCACGAGAUUGCUCGCAAAGGAAUUG